AUGCCGGAGAAUGCUACGCCAACUAUUGGGGCUGGCUCGGGUGCCACGGAGUGGCUGGAGCUGCAGCAGCAGGCAAUAUCCCUGCAGCGCACGGUGGUGGACGACUUGAGCUUCGAGCUUCAGAGCCUGCUGCAGCGCUACAGCACACGAGCCUCAGCAAGGUUCACUCCAGAGCGCCUCGAGGUCCUAUUCCGCAUCGCCUUCCUGGAACCUUCCUCUGCUUCACAUACCGACGACCCCAGCUGUAGCCCUCGCAGCUCCACCGGCUGUAGCCCAGGCCACACCAGCCCUGCUCGCUGUCCAGCUGGCAGUCCAGCUGGCAAUGGCAUGCCACGUCCUUCUACUGCUGCUGGUUCUGAAUCUGUGGAUGCCAGGGGUGCUGCCUCUGUAGCUGCUACUGGUGAUGAUGGUGGUGGUGAUGCUGCUUUAGCUGCUGGAGAUGGUACUGAUGCUGGUGCAGCUGGUGAUGGUGCUGUAGCAGCAGCAGCAGCUGCAGCAGCAGCAGCAAGUGGUAGUUCUGGAAGUGGGAUUGGCGGGAAUGGUGCACCCAAGCACAUUGCUGCUGACGUGGAGCAUGGUGCCAACGUGGACAUGCUGAUGCCUGAGCUCCUUCCGGAUAACGCGCUGCGAUUGGCCGGGGAGAUCUGCAGCAGGAUGGUGGCAGCAGGGGGUGGCUCACAGCUUGUGGAGACGUACAGAAAAGUACGCAGCAGCUUCCUGAAGCAGGCUGUGGAGUCUUUGAACAGCCACCUGGAUGGUGGGGCGGCGGAAGCAGCAGCAGUGGGCAGCAUGGGAUGGAGCGACCUGGAGCUCACCAGCAAGCAGUGGGCUCAGCACGUGUACCUGCUGGUGGGUGUGGUGUGGGGCAUGGAGCGGCAGUGCCUGGAGGACAUCCUCCCACCAUCCACCCCUGCCCACACCCCCCUCCUCCACACCCUCCUCUCCGCCCUCCUCAAUGACGGCCACGUCAUCUCCUCCCUGCACUCUCUCGCCCAAUCAGCUGCCGCCAUCUGUCGCCGCGGCCUGCCCCAGCAGCUGUUCUCGCUGCUGGAGAUGCUGCAGGCGCUGCAGGAGGUUAUGCCUGAGCUGCAGGAGGACCUUUGCAGCGUGGGCCUGCACUCAGAGUGGCGCUCGUUACAGUCACUCCCGCUCACCCUCUCCCUCGCCUCGCUACAGUCACUGCAGGCCAUGCACAGCUGCAUCGUUCGAGCCGGUAGCCUCACCACAUUAGACGGAAGUGCAGGGGGGGCAGGAGGGGAGAAAGGAGGAGAGAGAGGAGGAGGGAGAGGAGGGGAGGGGGGAGAGGGAGAGCGGGGUGGGGGGGCUAGGGAUGGUAGGAAGAGUAAGUCAGCUAUGGCGUCAAGUGCUACACCCUACAGCCCGAGAGAAAGAGCUGCAGUAUCUAGCCCCAGGUUCGGUGCUACAGCCGCCAGCCCCAAGCUCGGUGCUACAGCCGCCAGCCCCAAGCCCAGGCCCAGCGUUGCAGUCCCUGGCAGCACCAGUCCACCGCAUGGUGCUACAGCCGCUAGCCCCCGUGUUGGCGGUGCUACAGCUUCCAGCCCAAGAUGGGGCGCUACAGGCGCUUUAGGUGCCACAGCCACCCAGGGUGCCACACCUGCUAGUCCAAGGUGGGGUGCUGCAGCUGCCCUGGGCGCUACAGCCGCGUUCGGUGCUACAGCCGCGGCUCUUGUGAGCCCGAGAGUGCGUGGGGCAGUCAGGGCGCUCACUCGCCGGGCCUCAGACGCGUCAGUGCUGGCCAAUAGCGACGCGCCAGGUGGCGGGAGCUCUGCAGCACCACCUGGAGGAGGCGUGGACCCGAUUACAAGCUACCAGCAGUGGCAGGGAGAGGAGGAGGAGGAGGAGGAGGAGGAGGAGGAGGAGGAGGAGGAGGAGGAGGAGGAGGAGGAGGAGGAGGAGGAGGAGGAGGAGGAGGAGGAGGAGGAGGAGGAGGAGAGAGAGGGAAGGGGACAGCUGCUCGUGGGUGUGCUGGUGGUCUCGCUGAGGGAGUAUUUGGAUAAGAGAGCAGCUUAUAUCGAGGAUGCAGCCAUGAGAGAGCUGUACCAGAUGAACAAUCUACACUACCUUAUGCAGUCCAUGAACUCGUGGGGAGGGUGGAGGCAAGGGGGGCUCCAACAGGCUUUUGCUGAUGCCAAGGGGAACGGCAGGUUGGAGCUGGCUCUAGCCCUCUCCACGUUCAUCGAUGGGAGUACCCUUCAGAAGCACGUGGCUGCCUUCCAGACCUGCGCUCUCAGCAAGGUAUUAGCAGCCAUGUCAGACCGCCCUCGGCCCCUUGACUUUGUCCCGGAGUGCACCAAGCCUGCAUCGUCCCUCUGGCCUUUCUCCCACUCAGACGGGGGCGACCACGAGGUGCUGGCUAUGAGCGACCUGCUCAGGCUGAGGGCGUUCAACAGGGCGAUGGAGGAGCUGGUGGAGGCACAGAAGCGGUGGGCCAUCCCGGAUGCUGCACUGCGACUGCGCGUCUGCACCGCAUGGGCUGCUUGCCUCAAGGACCGAUACCGCAAGCUGCUGCAGCCUCGCUGGUAUGUGCUGCUGACAAGGUGUUAA